CAGAUUCACCAACAUUUUUCUCAACAAAUUACCUGUUCUCCAUUCAAACAAAAGAGGAAGAGAACAAAUAACUUGGUAGAAUGGGACACCACUCUUGUUGCAAUCAGCAGAAAGUGAAGAGAGGGCUUUGGUCACCUGAAGAAGAUGAAAAACUCAAUAGGCACAUCACUAAUCAUGGCCAUGGCUGUUGGAGUGAAGUCCCUGAUAAAGCUGGGUUACAAAGAUGCGGUAAGAGCUGUCGUCUGAGAUGGAUCAAUUACUUGAGACCUGACAUUCGAAGAGGGAGGUUUACACCGGAGGAAGAGAAGUUGAUUAUCAGCCUUCAUGGUGCAGUUGGCAACAGAUGGGCUCACAUUGCAAGUCACCUGCCAGGGAGAACAGACAAUGAAAUCAAGAACUACUGGAAUUCUUGGAUAAAAAAGAAGAUCCGAAAGCCAACAGCACCUUCAACAGCUAACAGACCCGGUGCCGAACGUCGUCCCGAAUUCGGUUACCCGGGAAACCAAGUGGAUUUCCUAAACCAAAACUUGGCAACAACAAAGCAACCACCCCCUCAAGAUGCCCCAUUUUCCACUCCUAGCCCACUGUUUAUGUUUGACAAUGGUUCCGUACUCGAGGGGAUUAGAAUCUCGGACGGUAACGAAAGAGCAGAUCUUUUUCAUCACCAACCGAUGGAAUCGAAUCCCGAAACUUGGAAUAUGAAUCAAAUACAAGAAGUUCCGGUGUUUCCCCCUCUGGACACGAAUUACUUGCCGCCGUUGAUGGAGAGCAUGGUGCCCAUGCAAGUGCAGGCUUCGAGUAUGAAUGAGCAAAGGGAGAAGAUGGAGUUGGAGUGCUUGAAAAGACAAGAGUUGAAUGAAUGGAUUGUUGAAGUUGAAUCCCAACAGUGCCCAAAAUUUCCAUUUUGGGACCAUUUUGAUCAUCAAGGACCACUGGUUGGAGAGGAAGUUCUUGCACCAACUUCAUCAAACCUCGAAACCAUAUUAUCUUCUUAUCCUUCUUUAAAAGGUAUAUAAGUGUGAUUGCUAUUUCAGAAUCUUAUUUUUUUAUUUUUAAAAAACACCAACACUCAUCUUUUUUUCAUGUUUUAUUUAUUUCCAAAUAAAAUCUGGUUUUCAACAGUUUGAAAUGGAAAAAUGCUAAUAACAGCCCAAUGGGUUGUCAAUAAGACAUGAAAAUGACGGAAAACCCCCGUAAGUUUCUAUUCAUUAAAGGCCUUGGAAAGCAUUAAAAGUGUUUGGAAAACCGUGAUUUUUUCAGUCUUCUUGUCUUAUUGACAACUCAGUUGAUAGUCAAUAUAUAGCAUGAAAGUUUGGAAUAAUCUUUUUAAGUGUGUUUUCUUAGGACUGGGUUUCCUCCAAAAGCAUCCUCACAAAUAAGCUUCAAAAUCCAUUACCAAAGUGAGUUUUUGCAAAAGGUUCUCAAUAAUUGAUUCUGAAAUAGAAUAUGCACAUGACGAAACGUCGAUGGUGUACCGAACCAGAGUGUCUGUUCUGAAUAUCGAUGUCUCAAGCUAUUGAAAACAGAUUGUUUGUUUGAUUUGUAGAGCUUCUUAACUUCCUUCAUACUUUGAGUUAUGAGUGAUGAAAUGAGAGAAAACGCAAUGGGAGCAUGCAUGCAGUGUUAGUUUCCUGGUCUAUUGAAACAGAAAAGAAAGGGAUGUUUGACUAGAGAGAGAGAGAGAGAGAGAGAGAGAGAGAGAGAGAGAGAGAGAGAGAGAGAGAGAUAUGUGUUCUGCUCUUUUACUGUGUUUGUCAUGGAGCUGAAUAAAUGGAAUAGAUCCCCCAUUAACUUUUCCA